CGAGAGUGAUCAUAAUGAACCCAGAACAUAUAAGGGAGAUAUUUACAAAAAUCUAUGACUUCCAAAAGCCCAAAUCAAACCCACUAGUCAGUUUACUAGCAAAUGGACUGGCAAGUUAUGAUGGCCAUAAAUGGGCUAAACAUAGAAGGCUUCUCAACCCAGCAUUCCAUCAAGAGAAAUUGAAGCUCAUGUUACCUGCAUUUUAUCAAAGUUGCAAUGAAAUGAUUGUCAAGUGGGAGAAACUAGUAUCACAAGAGGGAUCCAGCGAGUUAGAUGUUUGGCCUCAUCUUUCUAGUUUGACAAGUGAUGCUAUUUCCCGAACAGCAUUCGGAAGUAGCUAUGAGGAGGGAAAAAAAAUUUUCCAACUACAAGAUGAGCUAGCACAAUUGAUAAUGCAAGUGUUACAGUCAAUUUACAUUCCAGGAUUGAGGUUUCUUCCAACUAAGAGAAACAAGAGGAUGAAGGAAGUUGAAAGACAAAUAAGAGCCUCACUCAAAGGUGUAAUUGACAAGAGAUUGAAUGCAAUGAAAGAUGGUAAGGCUGCUAAUGACGAUCUACUAGGCAUACUUUUAGAGUCAAAUUUAAGUGAAAGUAAAGGACUCGAUGGAGAUGUCGGAAUGAGCAUGGACGAUGUGAUUGAAGAGUGUAAAUUGUUCUACUUUGCCGGACAAGAGACCACCUCGGUUUUACUUGCAUGGACAAUGGUUUUAUUGUCACAAUAUCCAGAUUGGCAAGCUCGUGCAAGAGAAGAGGUUUUAUCCGUGUUUGGUAAUAACGAACCAAAUUUUGAUAGCUUGAAUCACCUAAAAAUCGUAACAAUGAUUUUGUAUGAGGUUCUUAGAUUGUAUCCACCUGUGCUUUCUCUUGUUCGGACUAUUCACAAAGAAACAAAGCUUGGAAAUUUGACACUACCAGCCGGGGUUCAGGUGGUAUUGCCAACAGCUCUUGUACACCAUGAUCCUGAACUUUGGGGAGAUGAUGUCAAGGAGUUCAAGCCAGAAAGGUUUGGCGAAGGAAUUUCCAAAGCAACGAGGAAUCAGGUCUCAUUUUUCCCCUUUGCAUGGGGUUCUAGAAUAUGCAUUGGGCAGAACUUCGCUCUGAUUGAGGCAAAAAUGGCUAUGGCGAUGAUGCUAAAACGCUUCUGGUUUGAGCUUUCACCAUCUUAUGCCCAUGCUCCUUUCCCUGUCAUAACUCUUCGCGCUCAGCAUGGCGUUCAUGUGAUAUUGCAUAAACUCUAGAUUGAAAACUUUGCUUUAAUAGUGGUCAUCAAAUUGGUUUUCAUGAAAUGGUGCUAUAAAAAUUGUACUGGCACCGUGUUGGUAUUGAAAAAAAUAAAAAGCCUUAGCAAUU